GAGGGCUGUGAGAUGUCAGAAGCCAACACCCUGCAGAAAGCCAUUGAGAUCGUGACUAAGGCCACGGAGGAGGACUAUGCCCAGCACUACGAGGAGGCUUUGCGGCUGUACCUACACGCCGUCGAGUAUUUCCUACAUGUCAUCAAGUACGAGGCUCCGGGCGGGAAAGCGAAGGACAGCAUCCGCGUCAAAUGCCAACAGUACAUGGACCGCGCCGAGCAGCUCAAGGGCUACUUGAAACGCCGGGCCGGGCCGGGCCGGGCGGCGGGGAGAGAGGGGCCGCAGGCGGACGGCGGGAGCCACAGCGACGGCCACAGCGACAACGAGGAGAACUCGGAGAAGAAGAAGCUGCUGCAGCAGUUGGCGGACGUGAUCCUGGUGGAGAAGCCCGACGUGCGGUGGGCCGAUGUGGCGGGGCUGGAGUCGGCGAAGGAGGCGCUGAAAGAAGCUGCCAUUUUACCCGUCAAGUUCCCUCACCUCUUCACGGGCAAGAGGACCCCUUGGCGUGGGAUCCUGCUCUUUGGACCUUCCGGGACCGGGAAGUCCUACCUGGCCAAGGCCGUGGCCACCGAGGCCAACAACUCCACCUUCUUCUCCGUCUCUUCGUCGGACCUCGUGUCCAAGUGGUUGGGGGAGAGCGAGAAGCUGGUGAAGAACUUGUUCGCGUUGGCGCGGCAGCACAAACCCUCCAUCAUAUUUAUCGACGAGGUGGACUCCCUGUGCGGAUCCAGGAGCGAAAGGGAGAGCGAGUCUGCGAGGCGCAUUAAGACGGAAUUCCUGGUGCAGAUGCAGGGCGUCGGGAACAGCAACGACGGCAUCUUGGUUCUGGGGGCCACAAACAUCCCCUGGGUGUUGGAUUCGGCUAUUAGGAGGAGGUUUGAGAAGCGGAUUUACAUCGCAUUGCCGGAAGAACUUGCCCGAAUCCAAAUGUUUAAGCUGAACAUGGGAAGCACUGCUCACACGCUGACUCAUCCGGACUUCCAAGAACUUGGGAGGAAAAGCGCUGGAUAUUCUGGGGCUGAUAUCACUAUCAUUGUACGUGAGGCUUUAAUGGAGCCGGUCCGUAAGGUGCAAACCGCAACACAUUUUAAACAGGUUUCUGGCCCAUCCAGAACCAAUCCUCAUGACACAGUCCAUGAUCUUCUAACCCCGUGUUCUCCCGGUGACCCAAAUGCAAUGGAGAUGACGUGGAUGGAAGUUCCCAGUGACAAACUUAUAGAGCCGCCUGUUAAAAUGUCUGACAUGCUUUCUUCCCUAUCGACCACAAGGCCCACUGUCAAUGAAGAGGACCUUAAGAAAUUAAAGAAAUUCACAAAGGAGUUUGGUCAGGAAGGCUGAGGACCUGGCAAGGUUUAUCACGAUGGCUUGAUGGGACUUCAUUCAGCUGAUUUCAAGUCAUCUAACCAAACUAAUACAGUCCCACAACCCAAACUGAGACUGUCUGGAAAUAGAGCAGACGUCCUCAAGAUUCAAUAAAGAAA